AUGAUUUCACUAGGUCAAGGUGCAUAUAACCCUUCCUUACAAGCCUUUGGAGCAGAUCAACUUGAAAAUGAAGAGGAACUGCCUUGCUGCAAGAGUUACCAGAAUUCUGACAAGAAGUCUUUGUUCUUCCACUGGUGGUAUUUUGGUAUAUGUAGUGGCUGCCUUCUAGGGAUCUCAUUUUAUACGUAUAAACAAGAAAAGAGUUUUGAUAUUAAGUCACUUGAAAACAUAGUUCGAGCCAUUAAAGCAACUGCAUCGAGAAUUAUAAAUGGUGGAAUCAAGAUAUCAACUAGGAAAUCUGAAGUGGUGGAGCUGGAGCUUGAAGAAAGUGGCCUUUGUCAUCAAGACAUUGAUGGAAUUGAGGGCUUGGAUAAGAACUCGGAUGAUGGAAUUGAAAUUGCGAAAGUAGUGCUUCGUCUGCUGCCAAUAUGGACAAUGCUUCUAAUGUUUGCUGUCAUAUUCCAACAGCCCGCUACAUUCUUCACUAAACAAGGUACGACAAUGAAGAGGAACAUAGGUAGCAACUUCAAGAUCCCACCAGCAACACUACAGAGUGCAAUCACCGUGUCUGUAAUUCUCUCAAUGCCUUUAUAUAGAAUGCUCUUCAUCCCACUCACUCGUCUAAUCACACGUAGUGAGAAAGGUAUCAGUGUGAUGCAGAGGAUGGGUAUUGGAAUGUUUCUGUCAGUUGUUGCGAUGUCUAUAGCAGCCAUCGUUGAAACAGAGAGGCUUGCAAUUAGUAGAAAGAUGGGGAUUUCAGGAUCAAAUUCAGAAACAGUACCAUUAAGCAUCUUCUGGUUGUUACCUCAAUACAUUCUCUUGGGCAUUUCUGAUGUUUUCACAGUUGUGGGGAUGCAAGAGUUCUUUUAUACAGAAGUUCCUGUAAAGAUGAGGACAAUGGGAAUAGCUCUAUACACUAGUGUUUUUGGGUUAGGAAGCUUUUUAAGUGCAUUUCUUAUCUCUGUCAUCGAAUUUACGACGAGUUCAAGAGGAGGAGGAAGACAGAGCUGGUUCUCUGAUGAUAUGACAGAAGCCAGCUUAGAUAAGUAUUACUGGCUUCUAGCCUUGUUAAGUGCAUUAAGCUUGGUAAUGUUCAUAAUUUUGUGCAGAUUCCACAAGAGUAAGACAUGA